AUAAGCGCAUCUGACGUCAUCACCCGGAUUCCGAUCGUUUUGGGGAAGAGAAAGGAAGACAUGGCCGCAAGGUUACUGCUAAGAACCGCCGUCCGGGCCGCGACGACUUGCCGGGCCUCUCCAAUGCCCGCUCUGAGCAGAGGAAUGGCCGCCGGAGGUAUCCCGACUGAUGAGGAGCAGGCCACUGGACUCGAGAAGAAGAUUAUGCAUGGUCUCAAAACAGGCUCAGACCCUUACAGUAUCCUGAAGCCCAAGGGUUAUGCAGGGUCAAAGGCUGACCCCCACCUCGUACCCUCCGUCACCAACAAAAGAAUGGUUGGCUGUGUUUGUGAGGAGGAUAACACCGCUAUAGUGUGGUUCUGGCUCCAUGAUGGUGAAGCUCAGCGCUGUCCUUCCUGCGGCUCGCACUACAAGUUAGUGCCCCACGAGCUCCCUCACUGAGUCUGCUUUCUCCAAUGCAGCCUCGUAUCCCAGAAUUCCAGAGACGCCGUGACCUCAUUCAUGUUUGUCUUUUUGCAAAGUACAGGAGGUGCAAAUAAUUUAUCCUCCUGGUGUGGGACACAAUAUUUUAACAAUUCCUAAAAAUAACUGUUUACUUAAGUUAUUGGAGUGCACUUGUUCCAGUUACACCGAAUAAACAUGCUUACUCUGA